AACCCCCAAAGAACUGUGGGAUGCCCUUAAGGGACGUUUUGGGAACAUUCAUGAUACUCUGCUCCCAGAACUGAAUGCGCAAUGGAAUGAAAUCCGUUUGCUAGACUAUAAACGGACAAAUGACUUUGUCAAAGAUAUGUUGCGUCUUAAGGCACGUCUCAUCUUUUGUGGUAAGCCAAUCACCGAAGAUGACAUGAUUCAAAAGACUCUUGACACAUUUCCUACCUCAUCCAUGAUACUAGCGAACCAGUACAGGAUGGAGUAUGAAAACAAAAGAAUUACCACAUUCUACAAGUUGAUGAAUAUGCUACAAUCAGCAGAAAAGCAUAAUGAAGUCCUUGUGAAUAACAAUGCUCGGCCUGUCGGGACAAAGAAAAUUCCUGAGGCCAAUUAUGGGAAAAUAAAACAUGGCAGGCAUCCCAAUGAAAAGGGACCUAGACGUGCCAACCCUUACCCACGUGGAAAUAACUCUAAUCGUGGGAAGGGUCGUGGUGGUCGUGGUAGAGGUCGUGGAGUAUCUCCCAAUGUUUGGCGAAGAGAGUCAAAUGAUGGACCGAGUGGCCGCACAAACAAGAAGUCAAUUGCAUCCAACCCUCCUGUGAUAAAGAAUGAGCCAUGUUACCGAUGUGGAGUUAGCGGACACUGGUACAAGCAUUGUCGCGCUAGUAACAAAGUUGCAGCCUGCUACAAGAAAUAUCUCCAAUCUAGAGAGCAUGAAUCUGAAUAUUUGGACGAAGAAGGCAAUGACGCUGAUGUCAAUCUUACCCUUGCACACUUUACGAACAAGGGGGAUAAUGUGCACUCAAUGGAUACACCUGAUUUUGAUUGAUACACUCUAUUCAUUCUCUCCAUGCAUGAUGUUUUUAGAAUAAUUUUUUUUAUGUCUCUCCCGAUUUCCUAAGAGUGUUUUGAAGACUAUUUAUUGCAUUUUUAGACUAUGUGGAAUUGUUUUAUAUUUGCCUUCAAUUUAAAUAAAUUAAAGGAUUUAUGCACCU